AUGGCCCUCAAGCCUCUUCUUUGGACGCUCUCACUCACACUCUCGGCUUCCUUCACCACUGCAACGUCGUUCAACCUGUCGAGCGAGAUCACGAGGUUUGUGCCAUUGUGCGCCCGCGAAUGCUUCCGCUCUCACCUGAGCGCCAAUUAUGCCCUCACCACCUGUGGCAGCGCGCCCUCCUUGCAAUGUCUUUGCGCCAAUGUCGGGUUUUCCGGCCUUACUAUAGGGGAGGGUGCAGUGCAGUGUAUCGUAGCGGAGAAGAGCAUCGGAUUCUGUCGUGAGAGCGACGCGCCCCAAACUGUCAUCGACGCGGCAUAUUACAUGUGCGCGCACCAGUCGGGUGCUAUCCAGCCUACGCACACAGCCAUCAUCGCGACAUUGAUCCUUCCUACCUCGGGAGGCAUCAUCAUUGUGCCUCCGAGGACCACCACACCACUAAUACCCCCGACGUCGACGAUUAACUUGACAACUUCGAUCCCGACGACCCUCAUUUCGGCAACGGGCACCCCUUCCAUCCCAGAUACGCUCACGACCCUCACCAGGUCAAACACCUCUCGUACCUCCACGACGAGCAGCGUAAGCACAACACCCCCCUUGCUGCCACCAUCAUCCACGACAACUCCGUCCGCAACAGCGGCUCCGGCUCCAGGAGCCGAGGAAGCCAACUCUGGAUCCUCUGAGCGCCUGGGUACGGGCCAAGUGGCAGGCCUGGCAGUGGGCCUUGCGGCUGCCUUCGGCCUCGCCAUUCUCGCCAUCUGCCUUGCCCGCCGUAGACGGCGAAGGAACUACCCAGACGUCAAGACAGGAUUCUUCCCCGUGCGCGAGAAGGACUCGUGGGAAUUCCACCCCCAAGAAGGCCCCGCAAACAUCUUCCACAUCUCUCCACCUGUCCACCACGCGCAGUCCCCUUCCCCGCCGCCGGCCACGGCACGCACCCGGGCGAGUGGCCGUGCGAGCUGGUGGGCUGGCGCGAUUGGUCUUGCAGUAUCCCGAUCCGAGAGCCCAUCGACAGCGCUCCGUCCUCCGCCUUCACAGCAGAACCGGCCUGCCUCGCGAUUGCUCCCCGCAAAGCCCUCGCUCUCAUCCCCGAAGCCGGUCCUCUCCCUCAAGAUCCCCCAAGUCGACCUGUCAUCCUCGUCGCCCCCUCAACCGCAGGAGCAGAGAGGGUCCCAGCCGACAAACUCCCAGAUCUUUAAGACCGCUAAGCUCACGGCGCCACCCAAGAGCCAUUACAAUGCCCGAGAGAGCACAAUGACCGAGUUCGAAGAAGACGGCGCCAUCACCUCGGCCCGCUCUGCUCGCUCAAACAACAACAUCUGGAGGCCGCCCUCGGCCACGGUUGGCAACAACCCCAAGUCGGCGACGUUCUACGUUGCCGACAAGAACGGCAACUGGGUGUUAGGAGACCCCAAGAGCGCUACCCACAUGGCACAGAUCGCCGAGCUCGACGCCUCCGGCGCGACGAAGCCCUCAUACGCCGAGUCCGCCAUGCUCGCAGCCACGGCCACCACAGCGGGCAUGGGCCACGGAGCUGGGAGCCCCGUCGCCCCCUCCGCCGCUCGCUUGCCGCCGCCUCCGCUGCUUCUGCCCGCAGCGGAGAUCGUCCGUUCCGGUGCUCUCGCGGCUCCGCCAGCGGCUCACCAGUCGCGUUCGUCGAGCGUGUAUUCUCAAGGCACCACGCGGCCCAACACGGGCAUCCAGACUGGUGGUGCUCCCCAGACCAGUGGCGUACCGCACCCGGUGCCAAGCAUGUCCUUCUCCCACCCUGAGCCGCCACGCCGCCGAAGCAACUCCCUCGGCCGCCGUAGCUCUUCGAAGUCGAGGCCCGGGGCGACUGGCACCGCUCCCGCAACCGCAGCCGCGGCCAGCACCGCCAACGCUCCGAAACGCUCCGACAGCCACGACUCCCACGCCUCGGCCACGACAAUCGCAUCCUCGGUCGCGAUCUCGGAGCCCGAGCCCGACAUCGAGCAGAGCAGCCUCUCCCCCGUGGUUGAGUCGCCGGCCUCGAACGCAUCCCCGAGCGGUCGCUCCCCGGUAUCUUACCCCGCGAUCCCUGGGCGCACGAGCUCCAAGCCGCGCUACGACAACCUCCGCCUCCUGGCUCCUCCCACGCGAACUUACGGGGGAUUCCCUCCAGGCCAGCCCAGUCCCACCUUGGGGAUGAUGCAGCAGCAGCAGCAGCAGCAGGCCCGCAACGGUCCGUACAUGGCCAGCUACGACGUGCCUCGAAAACCCGUCGCCAAACCACGUCCCCCCGCCGCCGACCCGAACAGGGUGGCGACGGGCUCGCCCUCGCUCCGCCUCGUGACCCCCUCCCCUCCCUCCGGAGCGGACGGUCUGCGUCAGGAGCCCCACUGGAAGCCCGCGCAGACACAGAGGCCGCCGCAGAUGAGACCUCUCUACCCCCCGCCUCUCCAGCCGCGACGUCCGCGGAUCGAGAGCAGCGACUUCCACCCGCAACCCCAGUCGGCGACGGUCCACAAGGCGCUCUGGGGUAACCCGCCUCCGCGCAGCCAGCAGCAGUCCGACUACUCCUCUCUUCCUUCCCAGCAGCAGCAGCAACAAGAACCCCGGCCUCAGCCAAGCCAGCAAUCCUUCUCGCAGCGCCAGCGCCGCCGCUCCCAGCAACAGAGGCAAUCCCUCCAGCCCAUGGCGCUCCCUGAACAAUCCCCGCCUCCAAAGCAACCGCUCCCCGAACGGCCCCCGUCCGCCUCCCCGUCCGCGCACCACGUCGCAACGCAAGCCCUGCGCCCAACACCGACCUUCACCUCAACGCCAGCAUCAUCGUCAUCGACAACCGCGGCGGCUCCCCCGCCCCGCCCCCCGUCCCUGCCGGCGACAUCCCCCUCCGUCGCCACUCCCUCGACAACAUCCUCCCUACUCUCCAAGCGCCUCGGCUCCGAACGCGCCGCCGCCCUUACCCUGCCGACAGCCGGCAUCCGGCACAGCCCCAACUGGAGACCCCACCGGCCGGGAGGAGGCGCAGACAUGCUCCUCUCGCCCGACGCCUUCUUCCCCGCGCCCCCGGGGUUUCCGUCUCAGUCCGGCGCGAGAGCGGGGGACCUUCCCAGCACGCCGACCUGGCAGCCGAAGCUGACCCCGACACGGCGGGGUGACGAUUUGUUUCUGAAUGUGCAAUGA